GGGUUUUAUUUGUAUACCAUCGAGCCCUUGGUGGUAAACUAGUUUUUACCGUUUACUGAUAAAUCUGUGAAACCCAAGUCAAACCCGUAUUUUAAGACUUUAUCCUUAUAAGAGGUCUAUUUAAAGUGUCAGUCAUGGUGAAUUGUUCUAUAAUUGGCUGUAAAAGCUAUAGUGAACGUAAAGAACCAAACAUAACCUUUCAUCGGUAAGUAGCAUAUUUUGUCACGACUCAGUAACUUUGUUCAAGAAUUAUUCAUUCGAAUGUAUAUUUUGAUCAAUAAUAAGCAAUCGCUAAUGAAUUAAAACUGUAAAUACGACAAUUCCAAACAUAUUUUUCAGUGCUAACCGACUAAAUUGCGAAUCAUGUUACCUACGUCAGGUAGUUUCCACACUUCGUGUUCUUUCUAAAUAGUUGGAUUAUAACUUGUUGGGGCUACCAGCACUUGAAUAAAUUUUCCACUUUUUUCAGUUUUCCGAAUGAACCGUAUUUCAAAAAUAAAUGGACUGAGUGUACGGGUAGAUUAAACUGGCAUCCAACUCAAAACGCCCGGAUAUGCUCAAGACACUUUGGAAUUAAUUGUUUUCAAAAGAAAAAAAGUAAAAUGUUUUUACAACCACGUGCGAUACCUACACAUUUUAUACACGCUGAUCAAAGUACGUCUAGUCAAGAGCCCCCUGUCGCUACACCUGAGACUUCUAUUCAGAUCAAAGAGGAACAGCUAUCAGAAUCGGAAUUUUCUUAUCUUUCGGAAAAAGAUAAACCGGUAAAUCAAGAUGGAGGCAAUAAUGAUGUUUUAGUAAAACAGGAACCAGAGGAAAAUGGUGAUGAGAAUGCAGGGAAACCUUUGGAAGAAUGGCAGGAACGGGAGCAAGCGUUAUUGAAGAGAAUAGAAGAGUUGGAAAAGAUCAAAACGGAGAGAAGCGAGGAUGGACUUCGAUUGGAAUUAAAAGUCCGUGAAGAAGAGAUUGACUUGCUAAGGAGUAGAGUGAAGAAUUUAGAAACAGAGUUGCAGGCGGCUCUUUCAAAACCCGCUGGAAAGAACCAGGAAAUCAUUCAGAACAUAAAACAGCAGCAUGAGGAGCUCCUAAGCAAAGCGCGUGGAAUGAUCUUUGACAAAACCAAAAUGGUGAAGAACCAAGAAUUGCAGAUCGAGGCUUUAAAUAGCCAGGUGCAAUCGCUGAAGGAUAUCAACAACAUCACCAAGGAUCUUCUUAAUAUUAGGAAUUCUGAAGUAAAGGCUAUGGAGGAUCGUCUAGAAGCAAUGGAGGCACGAUACAAAGCGGAGAAAGAGCGUCACUCGUUAGUUUUGCAGAGGGCACAGACAUCUUCCGGGCUCAAUGAUGACCUCAAGAAGGAGUAUGAGACACAACUUGCCAUUUUUAAGGAAUUACGUGUGAAGUAUGAACAAAGGGUCCAAGCGUUGGUAUCGGAAAAUCAACAGCUCAAGGACUUGAGAAAGAUGACUACGCCCAGCUAAUUAUUAUAUUGAUAAUUUAAUUAAAAGACUGCGUCCAAUGGUUAUUUUAACAAUAAAUUGAUUUUUAAAUA